CCAACUGGGUUUCGCAUGGAGCGGGCAACAGAGAACGGGUUCUGGAAGUCCACCGGCAAGGACCGCCCCAUCGUGCGCAACAGCACCAUCAUCGGCAUGAAGAAGACGCUCGUGUUCCACGCCGGUCAUGCACCUAGGGGCACACGCACCGACUGGGUCAUGCACGAGUACCGCCUCCACGGCCACGACAUCCAGGACACCUACGCAUUGUGCCGGGUCUUCAACAAGAACAUGGUUACCCCCUCAACGGAUGCUUCCGAUGGUGCCGAUGCGUAUGAGCACCCAAUGCAGUUCAUGCCCGGCGGCGUCGACACAAACAAUGGUCUGAUGGAGCACAUGCCUGGCGGCUCCAACUCAGACAAGGAUCCCAUGCAGUCUAUGCCUGGCGGGGUUGGCACAAACAAGGAUCCCAUACAUGUCGAGUCCGAGUCCUAUGGUGCUGCUGACAAUGUUGACAAGGAUCUGAUGCAGUCCGUGCUCGGGGGAGGCGGCACAGACAAGGAUGCCAUACAGAUCGACUCCGAUUCCGAUGGUGCCGACGCAGAUAAGGAUCUGAUGCAGCACUCUGUGCUCGGCGGAGGUGGCACAGGCAAGGAUCCCAUACAGAUUGACUCCGAUUCCGAUGGCGCCGAUGCAGAUAAGGAUCUGACGCAGUUCCUUCUUGAUGAUAUCGGCACCGACAAGGAUCCCAUACUCGUCAAAUCUGAGUUCGAUGGUGUCUACACGAACAAGGGAAAGAAGCAGAUCUUCGUGCCUAUCGGCGCCAGCGCUAAUAAGGAUGGGACACAGUUUGAGAAUGUUGGCGCCGAGGCAAAUAAGGAAGGGAUGUUGCCCGUGACCAGCGGCGCCGACGUAGAUGAGGGCAACUCUGACAACACCUGGCACACCGACGCCCUCAUGGAAGAGGGUAACUCAUGGAUGCAAUCUCACUCGGAUGACGUCUGGUACACUAGGGUCGACGUGGACAAGGAUGAUUCCUUGAUGCAGUUCAUCUUCAGCGACGUGUGGCUCUUGAGCGCCGACUGA